AGCAAAUCUCUUCUUCUUCGUCCUAAAAACUACCUGCAAAACCAGUCGAAGCCAUUCUCUCUAUCUCUGCAUCUAAACACUCCUCCCUCCCUCCCUCUCUCUCUCUCUCUCUCUCUCUCUCUAUCUCUCUCUCUCUCUCUGUGAUUCUGUUUGACAAGCUUGCUGCAUAGAUCUGCAUUCUUUUUAUCUUGAGAUUUCUCUACUGAUAUUUCAGCAACUUCUGCACCAGGAGAGAGACAAAACGUUAAUUCCAUAGCCUCUCCUGUGAGAGGCAUUAUCUAUACUUUUAUUUGGUCUCAAUCAGAGGAUAAGUGCUAAUUGUAAUAGAAAGAUGACAGUCAGAACACCUGGAACUCCAGCUUCUAAGAUCGAUAGGACGCCAGCAACAACUCCAGGUCCCAAAUCAAAGGAAGAGAAGAUUGUUGUUACUGUACGAUUAAGACCUCUAAACAAAAAAGAACAGCUAGCCAAAGACCAAGUAGCAUGGGAGUGUGUUGAUGAUCACACCAUUGUAUUUAAGCCACCAACUCAGGAACGCACAGCUCAAUCGACCCCUUUCACAUUUGAUAAAGUUUUUGGUCCCACCUCUCUAACUGAAAGUGUAUAUGAGGAUGGUGUAAAGAAUGUUGCUUUGUCUGCUUUAAUGGGCAUAAAUGCAACUAUAUUUGCAUAUGGGCAAACUAGCAGUGGGAAGACAUAUACUAUGAGAGGAAUAACUGAGAAAGCUGUUAAUGACAUCUAUAACCAUAUAAUGAAUACCCCACAGAGAGACUUUACGAUUAAGAUUUCUGGAUUAGAGAUUUAUAAUGAAAAUGUCAGGGACCUGCUGAACUCAGAAUCAGGUCGAAGUCUCAAGCUUCUAGAUGACCCAGAGAAAGGUACUGUGGUUGAGAAGUUGGUAGAAGAAACAGCAACCAAUGAUCAGCAUUUGAGGCAUCUGAUAAGUAUUUGUGAAGCCCAAAGGCAAGUUGGUGAAACUGCUCUUAAUGAUACUAGCUCGCGUUCACACCAAAUUAUAAGGCUUACGAUAGAAAGUACUCUCCGUGAAAAUUCAGAUUGUGUGAGAUCUUUUGUUGCAAGCCUGAACUUUGUAGACCUUGCUGGAAGUGAAAGAGCUUCACAGACACAUGCAGAUGGGGCGAGGCUCAGAGAAGGCUGUCAUAUCAAUCUUAGUUUGAUGACUCUGACAACUGUGAUUAGAAAGCUCAGUGUUGGGAAAAGAAGCGGUCAUAUACCCUACCGGGACUCCAAGCUCACUCGCAUAUUGCAGCACUCACUUGGCGGAAAUGCACGAACUGCCAUCAUUUGUACUCUAAGUCCAGCGCUUAGCCAUGUCGAACAAUCACGAAACACUCUCUUCUUUGCCACAAGAGCAAAGGAAGUCACCAACAAUGCCCAAGUCAACAUGGUUGUUUCCGAUAAGCAGCUGGUCAAACAUCUACAGAAGGAAGUAGCCAGGCUGGAAGCAGAAUUGCGGACUCCUGACCCUUCAAAAGAAAAAGACUUAAAAAUUCAGCAGAUGGAGAGAGAAAUUGAAGAACUGAGACGCCAGAGAGAUCUUGCGCAAUCUCAAGUGGAUGAGUUGCAGAAAAAACUUCAAGAGGACCAACAGGCGUCAAGCACAUUAGAAUCACCACCACGUCCAUCAGUGAAGAAGUGUCUCUCCUACUCUGAUGCAUUAUUAUCAAAACUUGAGAACAAGGAGAUAAGCCGCUGCGACAGAGCAAGGAAAACUAUGUUAAGGCAAUCCAUGAGGCAAUCAUCAACUGCACCUUUUACUCUAAUGCAUGAAAUCCGUAAACUUGAACAUCUUCAGGAGCAACUUGGAGAAGAAGCCAAUCGAGCUCUAGAAGUAUUACAAAAGGAGGUUGCUUGUCAUAGACUAGGUAAUCAAGAUGCAGCGGAAACCAUUGCCAAGCUGCAAGCAGAAAUAAGGGAAAUGCAAUCUAUUCAACCAGCUUCCAAAGAAGUAGAAAUUGGAAGUGUUGUCGCCCCUAACAAGAGCGUCAGCGCCAACCUGAAGGAUGAGAUAACAAGACUUCAUUCUCAAGGAAGCACCAUUGCAAAUCUCGAAGAACAAUUGGAAAAUGUUCAGAAAUCUAUAGACAAAUUGGUAAUGUCUCUUCCAAGCAAUGAUUCACAGUUAAACUGUGAAGCACCUGCCAAAGCAAAAAAUCAACAGAAGAAGAAAAAGGUACUUCCUUUGGCUUCAAGUAACGGCGCCAACAGGCAAAACUUUUUAAGAUCUCCUUGCUCGCCACUAUCAACUUCCCGGCAAGUUUUGGAAAAUGAGAUUGAAAAUAGAGCACCGGAAAAUGAAGACUUCACAUCCGGUGAGACCCAGCCAGAGUCUGAGAAAGAGACUCCUACAAAAAGUGAAGAAUGUGGAGAUGUUUCAUCAAAGGAAGGAACCCCUGGCUAUCGUCGUUCUAGUUCAGUUAAUAUGAAGAAAAUGCAGAAGAUGUUUCAGAAUGCAGCAGAGGAGAACGUGAGAAGCAUAAGAGCUUAUGUGACAGAAUUGAAGGAACGUGUUGCCAAACUGCAAUACCAAAAGCAGCUACUUGUUUGCCAGGUCCUUGAGCUGGAAGCAAAUGAAGCAGCUGGAUAUAAUCUUGAGGAUGAGGAGGGCACUAUUGAACCAGAGCCACAAGUUUCCUGGCAGAUUACUUUUAGAGAGCAAAGGCAGCAGAUUAUUGAACUGUGGGAUCUAUGCUCUGUAUCCAUCAUCCACAGGACACAGUUUUAUUUGUUAUUCAAGGGAGACCCUGCUGAUCAAAUAUACAUGGAAGUUGAGCUUAGGCGCUUGAAUUGGUUACAGCAGCAUUUUGCAGAAAUUGGCAAUGCAAGCCCUGCUCCUCAUGUUGGAGAUGAGCCUACAAUUUCUCUAUCGUCAAGUAUUCGAGCAUUGAGACGUGAAAGAGAGUUUCUGGCAAAGAGGUUGACUUCACGUUUUAAUGUGGAAGAGAGAGAGGCACUGUACAUGAAAUGGGAUGUUCCAUUAGAGGGGAAGCAGAGGAGACUGCAGUUUGUGUACAAAUUAUGGACAAAUCCACAUGAUCCAAGACAUAUACAUGAAAGUGCUGAGAUAGUGGCAAAGCUUGUAGGAUUCUGCGAAGGAGGAAAUAUGUCAAAAGAGAUGUUUGAGCUAAAUUUUGCACUACCAACAGAUAAGAGACCAUGGAUUAUGGGCUGGAAUCCAAUUUCAAACCUUCUACAUUUGUGAGAAUUACAUUUUUCUUUUGUAAGUAUUUCCUAUUUCUGUACAUGUAAAUGAAUUUUAGAGUUUUUUGUCCAUGCAUCAUUUAUUUAUAUCCUUACUUUUGGUUAAAUUAUGGUAUGACUGGUUGUGCAUGCUAUGCGCAUGAAGGGAAGAGGAUUUGGAUAUGACAAUAUUCAUAUUUUAAUAACAAAAGAAUUGAUUCA